AGCUGACUAAGCUCCCAGAGCUCACUACCGCUCAGAUGCUAGGCAGGGGUCACAUCAUUAGGCAGCCAAUUGGGUCGUCAGCUGUGGUGCCUCCUGGGAGUUGUAGUUUCUGGCUCCUCCCGCCGACUCCAAGCUCCACAGAGCGUAGGAGGACGGUUGCCUGGUUGUCUUACCAAGCGGCAAGUAUGGCGGUGGCGCGCGCCGACUCGGCUUUGCCUCCCGGAGAAGGAUCUGUGGUCAAUUGGUCAGGGCAAGGACUACAGAAAUUGAGUCCAAACUUACCAUGCGAAGCUGAUAUUCACACCUUGAUUUUGGAUAAAAAUCAGAUUAUUAAAUUGGAAAAUCUGGAAAAAUGCAAACAAUUAAUACAGUUGUCAGUGGCUAAUAAUCGGCUGGUACGGAUGAUGGGUGUGGCCAAACUUACCCAACUCCGUGUAUUAAAUUUGCCUCAUAAUAGCAUUGGCUAUGUGGAAGGGCUAAAGGAACUAAUACAUUUGGAAUGGCUGAAUUUGGCAGGAAAUAAUCUCAAGGCAAUGGAACACAUCAACAGCUGCACGGCUCUACAGCACCUAGAUUUAUCAGAUAAUAACAUACACCAGAUAGGUGAUCUAUCUAAAUUGAUAUCCUUGAAGACCCUGCUUUUACAUGGAAACAUCAUUACUUCUCUUAGAAUGGCACCUGCUUAUCUACCCAGAAGUCUUGCUAUACUUUCUUUGGCAGAAAAUGAAAUUCGAGACUUAAAUGAGGUCUCUUUUUUGGCAUCCUUAACUGAAUUGGAACAGUUAUCAAUCAUGAACAAUCCUUGUGUGAUGGCAACACCAUCCAUUCCAGGGUUCGACUAUCGGCCAUAUAUCGUCAGCUGGUGCUUAAAUCUGAGAGUCCUAGAUGGAUAUGUUAUUUCUCAGAAAGAAAGUUUGAAAGCUGAAUGGCUCUAUAGUCAAGGUAAGGGGAGAGCAUAUCGACCUGGCCAACACAUCCAGCUUGUCCAGUAUCUGGCUACAGUUUGUCCUCUCACUUCUAUACUGGGUCUUCAAACUGCAGAGGAUGCCAAACUAGAGAAGAUUCUGAGCAAACAGAGGUUUCACCAGAAGCAGUUGAUGAGCCAAAGCCAAAAUGCAGAGUUGUCUUCUCUUGUUCCUAUUGAAACCAGGCCUCCCCUUGUACCUGAGCAUUCAAGCCCUGUUCAAGAUUGCCUCAUAGUGCAGGAAAGUGAACCUGUUGUCCAGGUCAAUUCUUGGGUUGGGAUAAGCAAUAAUGAUGACCAAUUACAUGCUGCUAAGAAUAACUUUCCAGCCUCUGCACACACUACAAGAUAUUCUCGAAAUGACCUGCAUUUGGAAGACAUACAGACAGAUGAGGACAAGUUAAACUGUAGUCUUCUCUCUUCAGAAUCUACUUUUAUGCCAGUUGCAUCAGGACUGUCUCCAGUAUCACCUACAGUUGAACUGAGGCUACAGGGCAUAAACUUGGGCCUAGAAGAUGAUGGUGUUGUGGAUGAAUCUUUGAAAGGUCUGGAAAAUCAGGACUUUGAUAAGGAAGAGGAAAAGGAUUUAUGGGAUAUACAUGAGAAUUCUGUUCAGCUAUUGAAAAGUAAGAUCAAUACAGAGGUAAAUGAGAAAAGUGGGCUCUUAUCUUGUCCUGAGUCAGCAAUUAUUAGUGCUGUCUCAAAGGAUGAUAACCACAGUCUUACACGUUUUCCUGAGUCAGCUGGACACAAUGUCUCUCAUACAGAGCCAGAUAGUGAAGAAACCAUGUCUCAGACAACUUCAGAGAAACUUCUUUGCGGGAUUUUAACUCAGAGAUCUGUUUCUUUGGGACAAAAUAAAGUUUCUCUUCAGAAAUUGAAUGAAGCAGCCACCAAAAUUCAGGCCUGUUGGCGAGGCUUUUAUGCUAGGAACUACAACCCUCAAGCCAAAGAGGUGCGUUGUGAAAUCCGGCUACGGAGAAUGCAGGAGCACAUUGUUUGCUUAACUGAUGAAGUAAGGAGAUUAAGAAAAGAAAGAGAUGAAGAACGUGUUAAAAAAGUUGUACAAGAAGAGGCUGUCAGAUUUCUUUGGAACCAGGUAAGAUCUCUACAAGCUUGGCAGCAGACAGUGGACCAGCAUCUAAUUUCCUGGCAUACUGAUCCUCCUGUAUCAAGUACUCUGGUACCAGGUGAACCUCAUUUAUUCACCCAAAGUCAGGAGUCUCCUGAUCAAAAUUCUAAUUGGUCCAUUGCUCAUGAUGAAGCUCCUCAAGAGAAAUCCCUACCAGAAUUUCCAGACUCUGGUUUUCAUUCUACCCUAACAGAACAUGUUCAUUGUUUGAAGGAUUCCUUGGAUUUUGAAAAAAGUUCCACAGAAGGCAGUGAAAGCACCAUAAUGGGAAAUUCCAUUGACACAGUCAAAUAUGGCAAAGAGACAGAUUUGGGGGAUUCAAGUGAAGAACACACUGGUGACUGGUGUAAGGAAAACUCGGCCAAUGAGCAGGAUAACAAUCUGCUUGAACAGUACUUAACUUCAGUUCAGCAGCUAGAAGAUGCUAUUGAGAGGACAAAUUUUAAUGAAGUGACAGGAGAUAGUGAGCUUCGCUUAGCUUGUUCCCUGGAAAAGUUAGAUACCUUGUCUGAAAGGAUUUCUGUAGAUGAGACUCAUGGCAUAUCUCCCACUUUGCAAGUUGAAAUCAGUCAGACACCAGAGAAUUAUACAUUAAAUGCAGAAGUUCAAGGGCAGCAGCCAGAAUGUGAUUCUACAUUACACGUACUGCAUGUUGGUGUUACUGUGUAGUAUGCUUGGUUUCUUGGAAAGCAGCAGUCCACUUAAUUUUCUUAAGAAUGUUUUUUUCUUGCCUUUUUUACAAAGGGGUGCAAACUCCUCUCACUUUGUUACUAUUUAUAAAAAAUUUUUAUUCUUGUCUCAUAUUUUUUAGAUUGUAGAUCUUCACCCUUUUAUCUAUAAUGUACUAUACUAUGUUGAAAGUUAUAUGUAUCAUUUCUUAACAAGUAUGUCAAUGACUCUUUAUUGUAUCAACAGUUGUGUCAACAAUAAUUCAUUUCUUUUAAAAAAUAAACUAGAACAGUGGUGGGGAACCUAUG